AUGGAUCUUCCUCCUGGUCCAUCUAGAGAGCGAUCUCGAAGUCCUAUAUAUAAYAAAACAAAAAAAACUAAAAUAUUAACCGACAAAGAACUCUUAUUACUUUUGGAAAAUGAUAAAUGGUUAUCAUCGGAGGAUGAUUUUGAUGGCAGUUCUGAUGAUAAUUUUGAGGGCAGUUUGGUUGAUGAUUUCGAUAACAUGGCAGAAGUUGAAGAAGGUAAUUCAAAUAAUGAUUCUCAUUAUAUGUAUUUAGAUAGUAGUACGAUGAAUGAGAUGUCUGAUAACUCUAAUAAUAGUCUUAAAAAAGAGCCUAACAAUUAUGAAAUUUCCUGGUUAUCUGAUCCUGCAAAUGCAAACUAUAUUCCAUUUACAGCUACACCAGGUUUGAAAUGUSUACCCGAAGGAAACGCUCCUAUUGAUUAUUUUAGAUUAUUAGUUACUGAUAGUUUUUUUGAUCUUCUUGUUGAGGAAAUAAAUGCAUAUGCAYUUGAUAUUUUUUUAAAUCAAACACACGAAAGUGCAAGAAUAAAUAAUUGGGUAGAUACCAACAGAAAAGAAAUGGAAAUUUUUAUUGGCUUAUUGUUUCAUAUGGGAACAAUUAGAUUAAGUAGAUUGGAAGAUUAUUGGAAAACCAGUCGACUUUUCAACAUUCCGUGUUUUCGUGAAUAUAUGAGUCGUAACAGAUUCAUGUUAAUAUUAUGUGCAUUGCAUUUCACUCGUAAUCCGAAAGAAGGAGAACCUACUCCUCAUAAUAGGUUGUAUAAAAUCCAGUGUUUUGAAUUAUUUUAA